AUGCGGCCGUACGUCUCCAACGUCAUCAUCCACAACAUCCAUGUCCACGACUGCGUCCCCGCCGGCAACGCGAACGUGCGCGCAUCGCCGACGCACUAUGGGUGGCGCACCCGCUCCGAUGGCGACGGCAUCUCGCUCUACUCGGCGCGCGACGUGUGGGUGGACCACUGCGCGCUGUCGCGGUGCGCCGACGGGCUCAUCGACGCCAUCAUGGGGUCGACGGCGAUCACCGUGUCGAACAGCUACUUCUCGCACCACAACGAGGUGAUGCUGCUGGGGCACAGCGACGAGUACCUGCUGGACUCGGCGAUGCAGGUGACCAUCGCGUUCAACCACUUCGGGAUCCAGCUCGUGCAGCGGAUGCCAUUGUUUGCCGUGUUCUUGGCUUGUUUUGCUUGUGAGUUGUGA